AACGAGAAGGUUCAGUUAAAUACCUGUUUGCAUUCGAUGAAGCUCGUAUGCUGGUUGGUAAGAAGGGUGGAAGUAAGAUCGCUGAAAAAAAUUCACCGUUCUAUUAUAUUCUACGUGCUUUAAUUCUCUUACCCGAAGGAUCGGGAAUUUUUGCAGUCUUUACGGACACACAUUCAAAUAUUUCGAACUUUUCGCCUACUUCUUACCUCGAUCCAUCUAAAAGAGUUGCAGGGGAAGGGUAUCAGUUAUUUGCGCCAUUUUAUUUGUUAGACACUAUGGACAUGAAUGUUAAAUUUAAGGAAGUAAUGACAUUAAAGGAAUCAGAAGAUCCACAACAUUUUUUUCAGUAUGGAAGACCUUUGUGGGGUGCACUAUUAAUGCCUUCUAGUGAUACUAAAGGAAUGAAAUCAGAACGUAUUAUCGAAUUGGCCAUGGACAAGCUUAUUGGCGGACAAUUUUUCGGGUUAUGGAAGAAAAAUGUACAUAUUGGAAUAUUGGAUACUUUGGCUAUUCUAGGACCCCGUUUAUGUAUCGAAAUAGCGCCACAAUCUAGUUAUGCGCCUGAUUUAAUAGCAAACAAUAUGCGCCUUUGUAUUAGUGUCUUAGAGGAUCAUAAAUACGUUGUUACAUCGAUGUCUACUGAACCUGUGCUAGCAGAGGCUAGCGCUCGAAUAAUGAAUGAUUCGGAUAUCAGCCUCACAAAGCUUAUUAAUCAGCUCUCCGAAGCGUUAAAAAAGGGCGUAGUGGAUGCCGGUUACCGUGGAGAGCUUACAGCCAGAUUAUUACUUCUCAAUGCCUGGGAUUGUUGUAUAAAAAAAAAGAUUCUAGAUGAGAAAAAAAAAAAAACAAAUGACAGCAAAAAUUAUUUUCGAUUCGUGACUCUUGAAGAAUUUUUAAAAUCAUUACUCGCGGACAAUGUUUAUGAGAAAAUAAAGAAUCGCCUUGAAGAGACA